GUUGCAUUGCGUUGCGUUAUAAUUUUGAGAAUUUUGACGUUCUCUGUAGUAUUAUUGAGCAGCUCUUAUUUUCUAUUCUAGAAUUUGACAUAUACAUUUAAUGUUACCAUGUCUGCGAUGUGGGUUGGAAGUAUUAUUUCUGUAGAUUGUGGAGAUGUUCUUGGUGUUUUUGAAGGUGAAAUUUCAAAUGUGGAUGGUGAUAAUCAAACUAUAUCUUUGAUAAAUGUCAGCAGAAAUAAUGUAAAAUGUGAAGUAAAAGAAGUGACAUUAAGCACACUAGAUAUUAAAAACUUGAAGCUAAUUGAAUCAACAGUGAAAAGUGAAAAAAAGGAGCAUUCCUCUAGCACAUUAAAUGACUGUGUUCCUCCUUCCAAAAAUGAAAUAACUACUAAUUCACCUUUGAUUGAAGACAAUCAGAAAAAGAAAGUUGAUGGAAAAAAGAAGAGCAACAAAAGAGUAGACAUCAAAAAGUGGCACAGAGAUCGAGAUGAUGCUUGCUUCAGUGCUCCUGUGGAUAGUGAAGUACUUGAUGUAGAUUUUGACUUUGAAAAGAAUCUUGCUCUGUUUGAUAAGAGAGCUGUAUUUGAAGAAAUUGAUGCUUUGUCAAAAUCAGAUCAUGUCAGAUUGGUAGAUUGCAACAAGAGAAUUCCUACAAAAUAUCGUCAUGAUGAAAAUAUACUUUCUAAUGACAUUCCUAUUUUGAGACAAAUUUCUGUGCCAUGCAAACAUACUGAAGAAUAUGUUACAGAUACGGGUUUAAUUGUGCCAAGUGUAACUGUAGAAUUAAAGAAAAUGUUAUAUGAAAAGUGUGAAGAAGUUGGAUUAUUACCAAAAGUCCGUGUAGAAAUGAUUGGUCGUGGAGCAUGUGAAAUGGUUUUGCACUUGCUAGGUGGAAGUUACAGAUUGAAUCCUCAGAAUACUCAUCAGAAACCUUCUGUUGUUAUUCUUUGUGGAUCACACAUACAAGGUGCACAGGGAGUGAAUUGUGGUCGCCAAUUAGCCAACCAUUGUGCAUUAAUAACAAUUUUAAUUCCAGCACAAGCUAAAGAUUCUCAUUCCAUAGUGUCCACUGAGCUGAAACUGUUUAGUAUGUGUUGUGGCAAGACAGUAAAUGCAGUAUCAAGUCUGCCUUCUUCGGUGGAUUUCAUUGUCGAUGCACUGGAAUCUCAUGAGAACAUUAAACAAGAAGAAAAGUCUUGGAUAGCAAAUGCUAGACACUGGGCCAAACAAACUAAAGCUCCUGUUCUGUGUCUAGAUCCUCCACCAAAUUGUGCUUCUACUGAACACAAUUUCAUAUUGUCUCCGGCCCUGCCUUUUUCAUUUAGAACUGACAAAUGUAGUAUUCAUAUUUGUGAUAUUGGUAUUCCAAAAGGCGUGUUUUCAAAUGCAGGUUGUACAUAUUCAUCCCCUUUUGGAUCCAAGUUUGUAAUUCCUCUCUAUCCAAGGACUGAAUCUACUUAACCAGAUAAUAUAAAAGCUGAGUAAUUAUUUUACUUAUCUUAAUUCUGUUAUUGUAAUUGAGCUUGUGAAUGAAGUAUUAUUCUUGGAUACAGUUGUCUUAUACAGAUCAGUUUAAAAUAUUUUAAAAAAACUUUGCACCUGAAGACAAUUAAGAAGAGAACUUCUGUGUAGUUUUGUGGUUUAAAUAUUAAUUUUUAUUUUGUUUUGUGAAAUAAAAAAAAAUGAUUUUGGAAGUCAUAAAGAUAAGCUGGGAAUGUGAUGUAAGAAAUUAUAUAUAUUUGAAUGAGGAUUUAGUUUACAUUUUGAUAUAAACAUAAAGCUGUCUAGCAUGUUUUGUUUCUGAUUUAAAUAAUAUUUAUAAGUAUUUUCAGAUAAAUUUUUAUACAAUUCCUUGAUUAAUUUUUUUAAUGAAAUUUAUUUAUAUAUGAAAACUGAUAUAUUAUACUAUGUCAGUAUCACUCUUAACAAAAAUAAAGAAUCUUAGUUUUGUGCAAACCGCAAAAAUUGCAUUUUACGCACAAAUUUUUUUAAAUAUUUAAUUAAAAGAAGCCGCUUUAUACAUUACACAGAUAUCUACUCCAUAUACAAUAUAUAUAUAUGUAUAUUAUGUUUUUAAAUGUGGAUAUUGUUGUCCUUUUCCUCCCUUGUUCUUUUAUUUAUACAAAGUAUUUGUGGAAAUGUGUAGCAGUAACAUAUUUGUCUUUACUUAGUAUAGCUAUAUAGAAUUGAUUGAAAUUUGUAAGAAGCAAGAAUCGUUGCUCUGAAUUGAAUUUUAAAAUGUUUAUAUAUCCUGAAGUGAAAAGUCACUAUAUGUAAAUAUUAUUACCUUGAAAUAACCAACUAUGUAUAGUGAAUCGAUCUCUUAUUUAUUAACCAUUUUACCUUCACCUAGUAAAUUUUUGUUACAAUGCAGGUAUAAGUCAAGUUAAUUAUUGAUGUAUUUAAAACUAGUGUAUUGAAUGGAUGAACACAUUGUUAAAAAUUAUCUUGCAUUAAAAAUUUUACUGUUGCUAGUGUAGUUUAAGUUUUGUAUGCUUUAUUGUGCAAAAGAAAUCUUAAAUUAAAAAAAUUGAAGAAUCUUAUUCUGUGUCACUGUUAUGAUCUCUUCAAGUGUUGUGCCUUAUACAAAGAUGUUCUUAAUUUUUUUAUGUGAAUGUCUUCACAAUGUUAAAGUGUCAGUAUGUAAAUAUUUUGUGUUACAAAAAAAGGUGCGAAUCAGCCAAACUUAAUAUAUGUUGUAUUAUAUGGGUGUAGUAUAUUGUGUUCAUAUAUUUAAAAGUAUCUCUGAAUCUCAAUGGAAGUUUUAUAUAAAAACUGUCUCAGUUUCCUUAUUCCAUGUUGGAAAAAUUGA